AUGAUAAAUACACAGUCUCUUCGCUUGUAUCUCCCUCCAGGUUUGUAUAAGAAGUCUGGGAAGCUGGUGUUCCUUGGUUUGGACAAUGCUGGGAAAACAACACUACUGCACAUGCUCAGAGAUGACCGACUGGGACAGCAUGUGCCAACACUACAUCCCAGUAAGGCGAAGGAGGUUCAGACACCUUGCUUACUUACCUAUGGCUGUCCAUCAUUGUCUUUUAAGUGUUCUCAUUGAAUGACCCUUGUCUGGUGUUCCUAAAGUAGUCUAUUUGUCUGCCUCUGUCCCACAGCAUCAGAAGAGUUGACCAUUGCUGGGAUGACAUUCACAACGUUUGAUCUUGGUGGUCACACACAAGGUACACAUUAGAACUCAAACUUGUACACAUGGUAGUUUCUUUUAUGGUUAAGUCUUGAAACCUUCAGGUGAUACUAAGGCUUAAGUGGCAGUGACAAGUCACUUGUGAACAAUUAAACUGCUUUGAUUUUCACUCACAGCCAGAAGAAUCUGGAAGAACUACCUCCCAGCUAUAAACGGUAUAGUCUACCUGGUGGAUUGUGCAGACCAUGAGAGACUACAAGAAGCCAAAAUUGAACUGGAUGUAAGCCCCCCCCCCAACACAAUUAUACAAAGAAAAUAAAUAGUAGUAGUAAAUAAGCAGCAUACAGUAUCUUACACCCAGUAGUUAUUGUAUGGCUAAAUGCUAAUCAAUACACCAUUGCUUUUCACUGAUGAGCAGGGCAUUAAUCCUUAAGAGUCUAUUGACGCACCUGUGCAUCAAUCUAAUGAACAUAAUACAAAAAUCCCCAUCAAAAUCCGUCAGUUUAAAGCUGCAAUAUGUAACUUUUUGGGCGACCCCAAAAAAUGUCACAUAGAAAAGUGAGUUAUAGACCUGUCACUCAUUGAAAGCAAGUCUAAGAAGCGGUAGACCUGUUCUUUGUGCGCUAUUUCUAUGCUUCCCGUUUUUUAAGUUUCGCUUUUGUGUCUUUUACUUUCAGUUUUGUACACCAGCGUCAAACAGCCAGAAAAAAAAUAUCUUUGGUUAUGGAAAAUAUAUUUUACAGCGGUUUAAAUGGUACAAUGAUUCUCUACACUAUACUUGUUUGUUUUGUCACAAACUGAAAUUAGGCGAACUAUUACAAUUUUAGCAACCAGGAAAUGUCGGAGCGAUUUCUGCAUAGUGCAUCUUUAAGCUUGAGAUAUCUGUUUUUUUGCAUGGGCUGCGUCUCAAUCCACCGCAUCCGCCUACAGUAUGUUGCCCUUCCGCAUCUGCGGUGGAAUGUGGCAGCGCUACAGAGCUAUUUGCCAGACCAGAAGACAUCCCGAAAAUCGGUCUUCUCACGAAAACGUCUGUAGCGUCCGAAAGGUUUGGCCUACUUACUAAUACGACCACUCUAUGGAAAGAUGAGACUCUCACGACCCCCACAAGUGUCACGGAACUAGUCUGAAGGUAACGAUACAAAUUAAUGGAGUUAGUUUUGUGGCAACAAAAAUAAGGGGUUAAAUAUGUGUCCAAAACAACAAAUAUUCCUGAGCUUUCUUAUAUCUCCUAGAUAUAGGACAGACAGCUUAUUAUCCUUGUUAUUUAUUUUUUGACUGUCUUUUUUGCCAUUUAUGAAUGUGUUAUUCGGUGUAUUUCUAAGGGCAAUAGUAGUAAUGGCCAAAUUAAAUAUUUUAUCAAAUCUUUUUUUUUAUACCUGAAGAGGUCCUAAAAUUCCAACUCAAAUAGCUAAAUGAUCCAUGGUAUGACCAUCUUAAAACAAUGCCAUAUGUUACCUUUGUAGAACCCCCCCACCCCCCCAAAGGCUUAGACUUUUAGAGGUUUUACUGGUCCUCUACAUUCUCUCCAGGCGCUGUUAACAGACGAGACCAUCUCCAACGUGCCUGUACUUAUCCUCGGGAAUAAGAUUGACCGUCCAGAAGCAAUCGGUGAAGACGCACUCAGAGGGAUGUUCGGACUCAUUGGACACACUACCGGAAAGGUGAGGAGGAGAGGGGCUUACUGUUGAAAGCACAUCACAUAAUUUACCCUCUAGAGCAGCAGCCUCCAGAGCAACUGACAUCAGAUAGUACCAUCAUACUAGGAAGUAAGGAAGAAAAAGAAACAAAAGUCCUUAUGUUGGAAAAAAACAGAAUUAUGUUGUCACAUUUUGUUUAUUUUGCAAGCACACAAUCAACACUAUUUUACAUACGUUUUUUAAAUAGGUUUUUGAAGGACCAUAGAGUUAAGUCUGCUUUGUGUUUUCCUUGUUGCCAGGGGAAUCUGGUAUCAUAGUAUUGCAAUACUGGUAUCAUGAGAACACUACUACAGAGCUAGGCAGUUGGGUCUAGUAUUGACAAUGACUAGAUGUGAAUGACAAAUGACUGAUUUGGAGUACAGUUAGGAUCCACUUCAUUAUGGUAGUUUAUUAUGGUAACUCUGUAGUCUCACAUUGACUCCAGUGCAAAGGAAAAGGUUGGAAUGGAGGGUAAUCUUUACUUGUCUCUUCUGCCUGUGUCUCUCCCCAGGGUAAUGUGUCACUGAAGGAGCUGAACCUGAGGCCCAUGGAGAUCUUCAUGUGCAGUGUUCUGAAGAGGCAGGGAUACGGAGACGGUUUCCGCUGGCUCUCACAGUACAUUGACUGA